GUAAAAAUGUCCAACCCAAAACCCUAGAGCUCUAAGAGUGGCGUAAUGCAUAUAAAACUAAAUGCUGAUGCUUCUGUUAUAGCGGCCGCGGGAGAGAAGCCAAAAUCCAUCGACAAUGUCGAAGCGAGGAAGGGGAGGGUCCGCUGGGAAUAAGUUUCGUAUGUCACUGGGUCUUCCAGUGGCUGCUACUGUCAACUGUGCAGACAACACGGGAGCUAAGAAUCUCUACAUCAUUUCCGUGAAAGGGAUCAAGGGUCGUCUUAAUAGGUUACCAUCCGCAUGUGUUGGUGAUAUGGUUAUGGCUACUGUCAAGAAAGGCAAGCCUGAUCUCAGGAAGAAGGUCUUGCCUGCUGUUAUUGUUAGGCAGCGCAAGCCAUGGCGCCGAAAGGAUGGCGUCUUCAUGUAUUUCGAAGAUAAUGCUGGUGUUAUCGUCAAUCCCAAGGGCGAAAUGAAAGGUUCAGCAAUUACUGGCCCCAUCGGAAAGGAAUGUGCUGAUCUCUGGCCGAGGAUUGCAAGUGCAGCGAAUGCCAUCGCGUGAGAGUCAAAGCCAUUAUAGUGUCAUGCAAUGUUUUAGAUUUUCUUCUAGUCUUCUUUUGGUUGGGUUUGCCUCUGCUUUGUUAGACACUGAUGCAAGCUCGUUUUUUAGUUUUCUUAAUCUUACUGGAUAGCUCAAGUUUAAAUUGGUGUUGCCAUUUUCUCCUUUCUGUUUCAUCAACUCUUGCAGUUUUUGCUAUAGAUACGAAGGAUGCAUGUUUUAUAACGUUAAUAUUUGAAGAAGCAUUAGAAAGUUCCUGUCGUCCA